AUGGAGCGCCUGAAGCAUAAGCGAGCCGCACGGCGUGCGCAAGUGACCAAGCUGAUCAUCGAGGUGACAGAGCUUCGAGGCGACCCAACCGUCAGCAAAACCACACUCAACGGAUUAUUGGCAAGACUUGUGGCCAGUGACAGUGACUUGCGAAAGACAAACGAUGAGAUUGAGCCACUCAUUAAGGAUGACGAUCUCGCUGCCGAGUAUGAAUCCAUCAUCGCAUAUGAGGAACAAGCAGCGAAUGCAGUUGCUGAAGUGCAAACACGUCUGGGCGAGCUUCAACUAACAGAAAUGACUUCACCUGCUACAACUCCACAAGUGCCAGCGACGUGCCCGCUAGGAAAUCAACAGACGCAGUCUUCUGGUGUCAAACUCCCGAAGCUCCAAUUGCUGACUUUCACAGGUGAGCUGACACAGUGGCUGCCAUUUUGGGAGCAGUUCCGUACGGCAGUGCACGAAAAUGGAAAAUUGACGAAGACAGAAAAAUUCCAGUACCUGAGUACGUUAUUGAAAGGACAGGCAGCGUCGGCUAUUCGCGGACUGCAAGCGACGGAGUCAUGCUACGACGAUGCAAUUGAGAUUUUGACGCAGCGUUUCGGGGACACCGGUCGAAUUGAGCGUGACUACCUUACGAGGCUUCGAAAUUUACCAGCGGUGAAAUCGUCGGCCGAUGUGUCGGGACUUCGAACUUUGUAUGAUCAUGUUCAGGCCAAUGUGAGAGGUCUCCGAGCGUUGGGUGUGUCGAGUGCCACUUACGCGUCAAUGAUGGUAGACAUCCUCCUGUCGUCGCUGCCUGGAGACAUGGUCGUGGAAUACCGACGGAUGACUCGAUAUGGGACGGCUCUGUCCGAUGUGGACGGAGUAACAGAGAACGACGCAGCGUCACGCCAGUCGGAAUCAAGCACGAGGACAGAGUCAAAGGAAAGUGCCUCCAACAGCAUACGCAAAGGAAAAGUUGUCGAGCUGUGCCUUCGAAGCCAGUACCAUCCGAAGGAUUACGUCAUCCAUGCCACCACGAUUCCAUUCAUCUGCAAAGACCUCGCAGCCACCCAAGCGAAUCACGACUUUGUGGAAUCCAUACGCCGCCGAGGAGACAUCAUCGCUGACGACGUGUUGUUUCCCAACGUAACAAGUGAGGUCGGUAUUGGAGUGCUGAUUGGUUGCGACGAAAUGUGGAAGCUGCUUACUGGUGAUGUGACAAGAUGCGAGGAGAACGACAGUUUGGUCGCGGUGGGAACAGUUUUUGGCUGGACAUUUCAAGGACCAGCCGCUGUGACAAGCUACUGUACCGAGCAGACGACGACAGCAAUAUGUGUCCUGAGAGUAGGAGUAGCAGCAGCAGAGCCAGAGCCUGAUAUUUUGACAAGAUUCUGGGAUCUAGAAAGUAUUGGGAUUUCCGAUGAGCCGAAGAGCAAAGUCGAACACAACGCAUCCGUUCUCGAGGAGUUCGAACGCAACAUUCAAGUCAGAGACGGUCGAUAUGAGGUGGGCUUGCCGUGGAAAACACGCCCGGACGAUCUGUAUGACAACUACCAGGUAGCGAAAAACAGACUACAGAGCCUGGCUAGACGUCUGAACCGCGACGACAGCAUCGAAGAGUAUGACGCAGUCAUACGAAACUACCUGAAAGGUGGACAUGCGGAGAAAGUCACUGGGGACGGGGCAGGCUCGACUGCUGUGUAUUACAUGCCUCAUAGGGCAGUAAUACGAAGUGAAUCAACAUCUACAAAGAUACGUGUGGUGUUUGAUGCGUCGUCACAUGCGCCUGGGGCAACAUCUCUCAAUUAUCACCUCGAGAAAGGACCAAAAUUAAACACAGAUCUGGUUCCAAUUUUACUUCGUUUCCGAAUGCACAAAAUUGCUAUGACCGCGGACAUUCAAAAGGCAUUUCUUCAGAUUGGGAUCCGAGAGUGUGACAGGGAUGCCUUGCGUUUCCUAUGGUUCUCAGAAGCUCCAGCGUCCAACGAACAUCAGCCAGAGAUUGAAUGCUGGAGAAUGACAAGAGUGCCAUUUGGGACGACAGCAAGCCCUUUCCUGCUAGGAGCAACGCUGCAGCAUCAUCUCAGCGCAUUUGAAGAAACUCACAGAGAACUGGCUAGAAAAUUAAUGGAUCCAUUCUAUGUGGAUGAUUUGCUCAUAGGAGCUUCCACAGUGAAUGAAGCACGUGAAAUCGCUCGGAGUUCUCAGGAUGUUCUGCGGCAAGCCGGUAUGAACCUCACAAAGUGGACUUCAAACUCUACGGAGCUGCAGGGUAUCUUCGAGCAUGAGAAUAACAGCAGAAGCGAGGAAGAAAAAUCAUUUGGUGAACCCACUGAAACUAAGGUCCUCGGCGUAGUGUGGGAUAGAAACAGUGACCAUUUGAAGUUUUCAGCAGAUCAUUUGCUUUGCGUCAUUAUUGACAUGACAGACACCAAACGGUCAGUGCUACAGGCCUCCGCAAGAAUCUUUGAUCCGCUGGGCUUCCUUGCACCCUACACCAUCCGGGUCAAGAUCAUUUUCCAAGAACUGUGGAAGGCAGGGCUGAAAUGGGACGACUCUCUUCCGAGCGACUUAUCGAAGAUGUGGCGUUCACGGUGUUCCGAGUUGCCUAAUCUGCGCAACAUCUCACUGGAACGAUGCUUGCUGCCAGCUAGUGGAUCACAAUACUCACAUGAACUUCACAUAUUUACUGACGCAUCUCCUCACGCAUAUGGGGCGUGUGCCUUUCUUCGAACAACAAGUGAAUCGGGAGAAACGAAGGUACAGUUGUUCGCAAAAUCUCGUGUCGCUCCGCUCAAGAAGCUCACGCUGCCGCGACUGGAAUUAAUGGGUGCAUUAAUUGGAGUACGCAUUGCCAAGAUACUGAAAACCUCGCUGACAAUGGUGACGUUGGAGCCGCAAUUCUGGACAGACUCAACGAUCACAUUAAGCUGGAUCAAGAGGGAUGCGAAUCGGUGGAAGCCCUUCGUUCGCAACCGAGUUGCAGAGAUUCAGGAGUGCAGUGAAAGGUCACAGUGGAGACACUGUCCUGGGGCUGACAACCCGGCGGACGCUCUCACAAGGGGGAUGUCAGUGAAGGCACUCAUUGAAGAUGAGCGUUGGUUUCAGGGACCAACAUGGCUCUCAGGGACAGAAGAAUCAUGGCCACGGGCAUUUGGAGAGGAUGACGAAGGGCUCAACGGAGCCCAAGACGAAAUGAUAAAAGCAACAACCCUUGUGGCGCUGGUAGACAAAACUAUUCCGGCUCCUGCAUUGCUUAAUUUGAGCAAGUACAGCAACUACCAGCGCCCAUUACGAGUUACGGCCUGGAUAAAAAGAUUUGUGAAGAAUUGUCGUUCCGACUCGCGACUGUGCGGCCCCCUCACAGCUACAGAGCUUGAUGACGCCGAAAUGUUUUGGGCAAGGCAUGCGCAGUGGGAGUCCUUCCCGGAAGAGAUGCUCGCACUGAAGCACGGGGACAAGAUCGCCGCGACAUCGAAGAUCGUACGACUGCAGCCUUUCCUGGACGACAAAGAGGUGAUGCGUCUGUCUGGACGGCUUCAAAGCUCGGACAAUCCGGAGCAAAUCAAAUAUCCGAUCUUGCUGACAAAAGAGCAUCCGCUAUCCGAGCUGAUUGCGCAAAAUGCACAUAUGCGCGCGUUGCAUGGCGGCGUGCAGACGACGCUGACUGUUCUGAGGGAAAAGUGGUGGAUAACCCGGGCCAGACAGUUGGUGAAAUCCACCAUGCGCAGCUGCAAAGUUUGCGCCAGGUUUCGUGCAAUUCGUGCGACAGCGCCCACUGCACCUCUACCAGCAGAUCGUACGAAUCCUACUCACCCAUUUGACAUCACUGGUGUUGAUUUUGCGGGACCUGUGUACAUCAAGAAUGCUCGGGGAUCGCCUAAGUCGUACAUUGCCCUAUUUACUUGUGCCACCACAAGGGCUGUGCAUCUGGAGCUGGUUGCGGAUUUGACGACAAAGUCAUUCAUUAUGGCUUUCCGACGGUUUAUUUCUAGGAGAGGAGCACCGUCUACGAUUUACAGUGACAAUGCUCUUACUUUCAAGAAGGCGGCACGAGAUCUUGGAAAACUAUGGAACAUCAUCCGGAGUACAGAUUCACAGGAUUUUGCUGCCACUAAUCGCAUCAAAUGGAAGUUUAUCGUGGAGAGCUGCUUGGUGGGGCGGCAUGUGGGAAAGAAUGGUGCGGACAGUGAAUAA